CUCGGGGGGGCGGGCCCGUCCAGGGCGGGCCGCUCAGGGUUAAAGGGGCGUCCGCGGGUCGCCGGCGCUCGGCCGCGGGGAGACAAAGCGCCCGCUCGCCGCCGCCCCCCGAGCGGUUCCGGGCCAUGGGACGGACAGACCGUCGCGCCAGCCCCGCAGCCAGGCUCCCAAGAGUUCCUGCUACACCCUGGGCUCUCAAAUCCAGACAGAAAAACCCUCCCCUCCCGGAGCAGGCAUGAAUGACCCAGAUGAAGAACUGGAGGUCCAGAGAGGCUGACUGUGCGCCCCGAAGUGACCCAGCCUGGGGCCUGAGCUGACCUCUGAAGGGACCAGCGCGGGCCUCGCGGCCAUGAAGCUGAACGAGCGCAGCCUGGCCUUCUACGCGACCUGCGACGCGCCGGUGGACAACGCCGGCUUCCUGCACAAGCGGGGCGGGCGCGGGGCGGGCUCGCACCGGCGCUGGUUCGUGCUGCGGGGCAACAUGCUCUUCUACUUCGAGGCGGAGGCCAGCCGCGAGCCGCUGGGCGUCAUCCUGCUGGAGGGGUGCACGGUGGAGCUGGUGGACGCCCGGGAGGAGUUUGCCUUCGCGGUGCGCUUCUCCGGAGGUCGUUCGCGGCCCUACGUGCUGGCGGCCGACAGCCAGGCAGCCCUGGAGGGCUGGGUGAAGGCGCUGUCGCGGGCCAGCUUCCACUACCUGCGUCUGGUGGUGCGCGAGCUGGAGCAGCAGCUGGCAGCCAUGCGCGAGGGCGGCCCGGCCAACGCCUUCCCCGCCCACCCCAGCCUGGUCGCGAACCCGCGGCCCAAGGAGAACGGCCGGGCCGUAUGGAGCGCGCUGCCCGAGCAACCCGCGGCUGCAGCCCCCCAGCGCCCACCGCCGCCACCCCGUCGCAGGGCCUCGUCCAACGGGCCCUUGGCGUCCUUUGCCCAGCUGCACGAGCGGUAUGGGCUGGAGGUGCGGGCCCUCAGGAGCCAGUGGCGUGGAGGCCAGGCUGGCCUAGCUGGCGUGGAGGGCCCUUGGCAUCCUUCUGGUUCUGGUGGGACUCAGACCCAGGACCAGCCCUAAGGGGCGUACUGGCAGUGAGGGAAGCCUGAGUACAGGCGGCCCUAAGCACAGGCUCCAACCAGGCUGCCAGGGGCCAGAGGACAUGUGACCCAGAAGACCUGACCUCUGGGGUCCGUGGCACUUGCCGCCAAGAAGAACCUGGGACCCAAACAUGCUUCAAGCGCUCAAGCAACUGGUUUCUAGAGAACUCCGCCCCAGGACAGCCCUGGAGCUGGCCCCGGGUCCACCUGGUGCCGGGCCUCACAAGGAUCCGGAGGAGGCCUGGGCUGCUCCUGUGGGCCGGGAGCAGCAGGUAGGAAGAAGGUGGAGCUUACACUGGAUUAGGUCCCCAAGGCCUCUGGCCUGGACCCAGCUGAGGCAGACUUUGCCCGGCCUUGGCAGGCCCUCACAGCUCCGCGGGGCCUCAGAGCCACCUGAUCGCCAGGCCUGGGCUGUGGCCUAGCUCCCUGGCAGGCUCACCUGGAGGAGACAGUCCCCUCCAUGCCUGAUUCCAUGCCUGCAGGAGGAGAGUCCCCCCCUUCUGCUCCCCACCACCCAGAUCACCAGUGCCCCCCCCCCCUUGCUGGGUCCAUCCUCACUCACCACAGUGCUGGCUCUCUUCCAGAGUGUCGGGCGGGACAACCUGCCCCACCUGGGUCUUGUUUACAGUCCUCCUCAGUGCCCUGCCCCUGGGGACUGGAGGACACCGUCACUCCAAUCUCUGCAUCAGACGGGGACAGAUUUCACCCUGGCCCCGAUCACUCCUCUGUCCUGGGAGGCCCCGGGGUCGGGGUUCUGUAGGUACAUCUGCCACCAGGGCCUCUUGGCUCCCUGCUGGCUCGGGGACCAGGGCUUGGCUGGGGGGUUUUGCUUUGAAGUAUGGAAGGUAUUGUUGCUGUCUGUCUUUCUCCAGCAGUGAAGGUUAGUGUCCCGCUCCCCUCCCCCACUUUUGUGACUGUUGGCUGGCAUUGUCCCCAGGGAGCCCGGCCCUAGCUGGAGACACAGCUAGCUGACUUGGCCUUUACCUCGCACUCUGUCCCGGUGCCUCUGGGGACUUGCUCCCUGUCUUUCCCACUCUCCCACUGGGUGGGGCUCAGGACUUACUGGCGGGGCCCAGCUGGAGGGCUGAGGCGUAGACUAAAGGUACUGGGGGGGAGGGCAGGAGGU